UAAAACAGUCAAUGUUGUCUAACUUCCUCUUCCCCCCAAGUCCUCUCGCUUCUCUGCCUCUCCCCAAUUGCAAUCGCAAUCACCUGGGGACACUACGCCCUUCCCGGACACCAACGCCUCCGUCCACCACCCGAUACCUGCACAUGAACCUCUAGCCCGCGGAGUGCGACCCUACGCCCACCACCGCCACCAAUAGCAAUACAUUCACUACCACCCCCAUCUCGCACACAGGCCUUCUCGAGCGCACGCUUUGGCUUCGCGCCCCUUCUAGAAAAACGAGUGUGGGUGGAGGAAGAGAUUUCAGCCAGUUUUGGGCCCCUGCCUCGGCUAAUGGGGAGGAGCUAUUCGACGCCUUUUCCACUGGGUGCUAGGUGGUGCGUUCUCCCUGCCAGCAGUGUUUGGGGUGCGGGUCCUGUGGCUAAGAGGGCCAGAGAGGCGAGAGUGGAGUUAAGGAUAGUCUCAAAAUAUUUAAAUAAGUGUGUGAAGGAGACGAAAAGGAAAAAUAGGAAUCAGGGAACGAAAAGAGGACGGAAAAGGCAAUCUGGGAGAGAAAAGUUAGUAAAAGAAAGAUGUACUUCAUUAACGAGCAGGGGAUCCUGCCGCUGCCUAAAAAAAAAGUGAGGCUAACCACGAUUAUGGGAUUUGUAGUUUUACCGGGAGUUCGAGUGAAAGAGAGCGGAAGUAACAGCUGCGCAAGCGCAAAAGCGGCUUCUAGCGCGCACGCGCCUCAGUACUGGGAGUUCGCCGCUGGAGGGAGCUGUGGAGCGCGUGCGUGACCUCGCGCCUUUUCUUGGUGGCGGGAAAAGUGAGUCGAGUUUGGAGGGGCUUGGAGAAUCGCUGAAAUAGCUCACUCUCCUCUUCGCCUUUAGGUCCUCCUGGCUCCAGAAGAUUUCGGUAUUUGUUAUUGGGGAAGAAAAUAAUUAGUCUGAAACAGAAAAGCAGAGACUUGAGUUGUCAGGCAGUGACUUCCUGGCUUUCUCUUCUCUAUUGAUCAGGAUACAAAGAAAGUAAUUUCUGAGCUGAAUGAUGACAGCGUUGCAGAGUAAAGAAGAAUAUGGGAAAGGAUCAAAAAAAUCUUUUGCCCCACCUGCCCAAAAACUGCAUAGCUUGAUUCCCGAUAGCCUUAACUCACCCAAAGAGGAGACCCUGGGCAUCAGUUCCCUAGAGACAGAGGCCAGGCCAAACUUACUAAAGGCCAGGUUAAAGAAGAAGGAGAAAGCAACCACAGAGAAUGGUUCAAGCAAUGGCCAGGAGAAAAAAAUAAAGGCUCAAGACAACAAGCAAAAGGAGAAGAAAGAAAAGGAAAAAUCAAGUCUUACCAAUGCAGAAUUUGAGGAGAUUAUCCAGAUUGUGCUACAGAAGUCCCUCCAGCAGAGCUUGGGGAUGGAAUCUAGCCUUGGUUUUCCAGAGACUUCCUGUGCCCAGCCUAUAAGAUAUACCCAGUUUGACAAGGAACCAGGAAUUACUUCUUCUACUACUGAUAAUGAUAAUGCUGAUGGAGAGAGGGUAAUGGUACCUCAUAUUCUAGAGAUUUCAGCCUCUCAGGAAGGUGGAGUAAUCCCUGAGAUAAAGAUGUCUAAGCCAGGCCAACCAGAUCCUGCACCCUCUGAGAAGAAAUUCAAUAGACUUUCCUUAAGCAAAAGAAAGAAAGAAGCUCAUGAGAAAAUGAAGAAAGCCCAAAGUGAACAUAAGCACAGACAGAAAGACCAACCGAAGAAAAUGGUUCAGGAUCAUUCUCAGUUCACGGACCAACAAAAAAGAGAAGAAAGUGGUUUUGGUCAAUGUCUAGUCUGGGUCCAGUGUUCUUUCCCAAAUUGUGAGAAAUGGAGGCGGCUUCGUGGGAACAUUGACCCCUCAGUCCUUCCAGAUAAUUGGUCCUGUGACCAGAAUACAGACUUGGAGUAUAAUUGCUGUGACAUCCCUGAGGAGACCUGGACAGGGCGUGAGAGUGAUGUGGCCUAUGCCUCCUACAUUCCAGGAUCCAUCAUCUGGGCCAAGCAAUAUGGUUACCCCUGGUGGCCAGGCAUGGUAGAAUCUGAUCCUGACCUGGGGGAAUAUUUUCUUUUUGCUUCUCAUCUUGAUUCCCUGCCGUCUAAGUACCACGUGACAUUUUUUGGAGAAACAGUUUCUCGUGCUUGGAUCCCAGUCAACAUGCUAAAGAACUUCCAGGAGCUGUCUCUGGAGUUGGCUAGAGUGAAGUGCAGGAACAAGGACUGUAGCAACAAACUGAAGGCAGCCCUGAUAAUGGCUCAAGAGGCAGAACAGAUCAGUAUUCAGGAAAGGGUUAACUUGUUUGGUUUCCGGAGCCGAUACAAUGGAGCUGACAAUGGUGGGGAAGAAAAAGACUUAAUGCUCUCUAGAGCUAACAGCCCAGAUUCCUUCUUGGAGAAAGAAAAGGAAGAGUCCGAGUUGGAGGAGGAGGAGGAAGAAAAAAAAGAUCCAACUUUGCUCAGUCCCAAGACAGCCAAAAUUCAGGCAAAAAAAACAAAGGCAAGAGGCAUAGCAGAUGGACGAGAUGGGACCUCGCAAAGGAAGGCCAUGAAGAGAUCUCUGGUAAAUGAACCUGCAGCUGCUCUUGUACCCAUAACGGGAAGGAAAGAAGUGCAUGGGAAUUCAGAUCCUGACCAGUCAGGUGUUAAGAAAAAAUUUAAAGCUCCCCAAAGCAAGGUCUCAGUAACCAGUUUGUCUGAACACAAAGAGGUUAGAAUGGUGCCAAAGGGCCUGAUCCCACCAGCUUAUCAUGAGACUUGUUCUGUGGCGGGAAAAGAAGAGCCUGGACACCAGGAGCCACAGUCUCAGGAGGCUAGAAGCUUCCCCACUGAUGAUGAAGCCUCCAGUGACCUGGACCUGGAGCAACUCAUGGAAGAUGUUGGAAAAUUGGAGCAGAGGGUGAAGCCACAACAUAGAGAUGAUGCAGAGUUCACCUUCUUUGAGGAGUAGUUCUGUGCUCUGUUCUCUCACUCCCUUCCCUGGAAGCAGGAGGGAGAGGUUCUCACAGAGUGCCUGAGAAGUGUUGGGAUUGAUCAUUGACUACAAGGUUAACUGGCUAAAGUCAGAAUUAUGUGGUUUACGUGUUAAUAAAGUAGGUUACUGGCUUAA